UGAGCCUCUCACCUUCUCUUCACGUUUCACUGCCUGGGAGUCGGGACUUUUAUUUCAUCUUAUUUUCUUGGAUAUAAAUGACUGAUUGUCAAAUGGUUUCCUCAGAUUUUACAGAAGAUGAGAAGAUGGAGAUCGAGGGCAUCAAGACGCACAAGGAGGACCUUCUGGACGAUAUCCAGAAGCUAAAGAUGGAGAUAGACAGCGUGAUGGCGGACAUUCUCAGCUUCGAGUCGACAGAGGAAAACAAAACGUUGGAGAAGAGCAAACUGUUCUCAAACGGGAGGAAGAAAUUCAACAUGGACCCGAAAAAGGGCAUCAGUUACCUGGUGGAGAACAAGCUGCUGGACGGAAGAGCUCAGCCAAUCGCUGAGUUCCUCUACAAGGAGGAGGGACUCAACAAGACGGCGAUUGGAGAAUUCCUCGGAGAGAGGGAGGAGCUCCACCUGCAGACCCUGAAGGCCUAUGUGGAGCUGCACGAGUUCUCCGACCUCAACCUGGUCCAGGCCCUCAGACAGUUUCUGUGGAGCUUCCGUCUGCCUGGUGAAGCCCAGAAGAUCGACCGCAUGAUGGAGGCCUUCGCCACACGCUACUGUGACUGCAACACGCACGUCUUCCAGUCGACUGACACGUGCUACAUCCUGUCCUUUGCCAUAAUCAUGCUGAACACCAGCCUCCACAACCCCAACGUGAAGGACAAGACCACGCUGGAGCGUUUCUUCUCCAUGAACAGAGGCAUCAACAACGGAGAGGAUCUGCCCAACGAUCUGCUCACGAAACUUUACGAGAGCAUUCGCACCGAACCCUUCAAAAUCCCAGAGGACGACGGGAACGAUCUGACUCACACUUUCUUCAACCCCGACAGAGAAGGCUGGCUUUUAAAACUCGGAGGCCGAGUGAAGACGUGGAAGAGGCGAUGGUUCAUCCUGACCGACAACUGCCUCUACUACUUUGAGCACACCACUGAUAAAGAGCCCAGAGGCAUCAUCCCUCUGGAGAACCUGUGUGUGAGGGAAGUGCCAUAUCCUCGCAAACCGUACUGUCUGGAGCUGUUCAACCCCAACAGUCGAGGGCAGAAGAUCAAAGCCUGUAAAACAGAGACGGACGGCCGAGUGGUGGAGGGCAAACAUCAGUCGUACACCAUCUGUGCCCCCGGGGCCGAGGAGAGAGACUCCUGGAUCGAGGCCAUCAGAGCGAGUAUCACCAAGGAUCCGUUCUACGACUUGGUCUCAGUCCGUAAGAAGAAGGUGAUAAACCAGGCGCCGCAGAACUGAGCCGCCCGCUGCCCCCCGUGGACGCUUACUGAACUGCACCCGAGUGGGAUUCUGACCACUCUCAGUUGUUUUAAACACUUUGAACAGAGCUGAGCGACGGCUGGAGACACAAGGACACAGACUGAGGACAUUCAGGCUAAAAGAGGGACUUCUCUUUCCACUUCCCUUUUUGUAGCCAGUGGUAGUCAGUGUCAAACGGUGAAAAACGAUGACUCAUUCACGUAGCGCUCAUCGUCAACCAGACAGCCAAAAAGAAACUGAACAGUCUGAAGAUGUUUGCUGGGAUGUGUUGUGGAGUUUAUAUCGACUACCAGUAGAAGAUGUUUUCAUUUGGCUGAUGUUUCACUGAGUGAUUCAAGUUCUCAGCUUCUUCACGGCUCCCAGAAGAUUUAAAAAAGGACAAUUGUAUAUAAAAAAACAUUAUGUUGUUGUAUUUUCAGAAAUCUUACAGCUUUGCUUUUGUCCAUGGAGUCAUUUUAAGUUUCCUGACAACGUUUUAUCACAUUUGGUUUCAUCUGAAGAUACUUGUGCAUGAAAUGCUUCAGGUGUGCAGAAAUAUUUUCAUGUAUUUUCCAAACUUUAUGAUACUUUAUAGCGUGCCACAGGAUUUACCUUGAACUGCAUACGCCUGCAUUUUCUUUUAUAUUUCAAAGUGCAAUAGGUGUAACAUGCAUUAAGUCGUAAGUCUUUGUAACUUCUGCAAAACUUACCUUGUAAUUAUUCAUUUUGUCAUAUUCUCAUGAAAUAAUUAUUUAAUAAAAACAAGGUUUUAGGUGUGUU